ACUCACAGUAACACUAGUAUUAUCUGUGUACCAAAAAACUAAUCAUGCAGAAACUUUUGGUAUUCGCCGCUUUCCUGGCCUGCGCCGCCGCCGCCCCUGGCGUGCUCCUUCACCAAACUCCCGUGGUGGCCGUCCACUCGCCUGUGGUCCACACAGUCCCCCUGGCCUCCAAGACCACCAUCACCAAGAGCAGCCAGCUGGUUAACCACGGCUCUCCAGUGGUCCACGCUGUCCACACACCCGUGGUCGCGUCCGUACCUAUCGUCAAGUCCGUGCCAGUUGUUCCAGUAGUUCACGCGCCAGUAGUUCACGCGCCAGUAGUUCACGCUCCAGUAGUUCACGCUCCAGUAGUUACCCCAGUGGUCGUUAAGACCGCCCCCGUAGCUGUGUCUCACAGCAGCUCGUUGGUCCACCACUCCCCACUCAAAGCUCUGCCAGUUGUUGCUAUCCACUAAUUUAUUUUGUAGCGUUUAAUAAAUAUUUUAUUUUUGA